AUGAAGGAUCCCUUUGUCACGGAGUCUUUUAUCGAUUCGCCUUCACGAGAAAGUAAGCAUGUAGAUGGGUGCUAUAGUAAAAAUGUCUUGAAAAAUAAGUCCUUCCUGAAUUCACGACGGGCAUUGCAGUCUGGUGCUGAUAAAAUUUCCAGAACGUUUAAGAAUAUGCGGAGUACAUUUUGCGAUCUAUCUCAGCAUUUCAGGUUAAGGAGUAAAAGAAGACAUCGUCUAGCAGAAACCGGGUCCCCCUGUAGGACUCCUUGCACCCCUGUUACUAAGAAAAAACAGCUACUAGGCCGUAGCCCUACUAAGCUCUACAGUCCAUUUGGUAUUGAGACACCAAGAAACAAAGACUUCCGGAUCUCACCUUACAUGCCAAAUACACCUGAACAUGAUAUGUCACCGAAGCAGCGCAAAGGUCUCAUCCAUUGGCAUCUCUUGGGUAAAAAAAGACCAAGGGCCCUUUUUCAAUAA